GAGAGCGCGAACAGCUUCGAGGCCCGGCUCUCUGGAGGAAGGGAGCCAUCGCUCUGCACAGCCACGUGGAGCCCGGGCGGGGCCCGUUAAGCGCGAAGAGGGACACUAUGGACCCCCGUGGACCCCUCCCUCAGCCUUUCCAGCAGCUUGAGAAACCUGGGCGUAUUCGCCGUCGCAAGACUAGGCGGGAGCGAAACAAGGCCCUGUUGAGCAGCCACCGGCAGUCAAUGCGUCAGGAUGGCCCCACGUCCAGCCGGGAUCCAUGUGUGCCCCUCCAGGACCCUGUGGCCUCUGCAGCCUCCAAGCUUGUCGUCAUCACUCAAGGCAGGCUGAGCCGGGAGCACCGGGGCCUCUUCAACCAUGAGGUGAAAUCCCUGGAUGUGGCCCGGCUGCUUAACAGUGGCUCCUUGGAAUCAUGUAGUCCUCUGCUGCCCACCACGUCCUGCUGCAGCUCAGGCAGAACCCAAGAGCCGGCGCUCCAGUCAAGAGAUAAGGAGAACCAGGUUCCAGGAGGCUCAGGCCCAGGCCCCCCAAAUUCCCCAGUGCUUCCCGUGUUGGGGCAGCUGCUGGAGGAGCUGCAGUGCCAGCUGAUCCUGCCUCAGGCCUUUCCCAGGAGGAGCCUAGUGCAGGAGGCCAGAGACACCAUCCUGAGGACCUUACAAGGCUGCCAUGGCUGUAUGCCUGAUCUUGCCCUGGUGCUCCACGGCUGCCAGCCACCCUUGCCUGAGACCAAGCCGAGGGUCCCAGAGAGACAGAGGACGGUGCCUUGUAGCAGCGGUCCUGAGCACGCUCCAAGGGAAGAGAGGCCAAGGACUCUACAGGCGACGAAGGGGCAUGACUUUGCCGUACCUCAGGUGUGCAGCAGCACCCCUGCACACAGGGACAGCCAGGUGCCGCCUGCCGAUCGCCAGCUGCCCUUCCUGUCCUCCACGUCUUCACCAUCUGGAGCAGCGUGGGGUCCCCCAACAGCUUUUGAUAUGCUGAAAAGCAUCUGGCUCAUAGCCACCCCACCCGCUCCCCAGCCCUGGGAUAUCUGCCCACCUCAGUCCCUACCUCAGCCACCGUCACCCUUGUUGCCCCGAACAUCUGCCUUGGACUGGAGCCCGAACCCUCCUGCUCCACUCCCCAGCCUCUCCUGGGUGGUCACUCAGAGCAGUCCAGAGGCCUGGUCCUUCCCCCCAAUGAGACUGUACUGA